CAUUAUCAAUUCUUCAAUAUGGCAGCAAUUUCUAAUAACGGUACAACAAAGCAAAAACCACGUUUAGAUCUCAACGGUUAUUCAUAUAUGAUGGAUCGAUUAACAAAUGAAAAAACUUAUUGACGUUGUAUAAAUUAUUAUGACUCAUUCAAUAUUUUCGCUGAUUUUUCUUAGUGCUCAUCAUUUCUGUUCUGAACAAUCAUCGUGCUGAUUAUUCCUGUGCUGAAAUUUCCCGUGCUGAAAAUUCCUCGUGCUGAACUUUCAUCAAUCCGUUCUGUAGAGAAUUCAAUUCUCUAUCGAAUGAGACUAGAACCAGAUUUUUAGAUCUUUCGAAAGUGCCUUAAAAAUAAAGAAUAAAAGUGCCCCGUUAAUUAUGCGCCAUCCGUUAUAUGUAGUACUAUCUGAAUCGUCAAAAAAGUAUACUUUCAGUUAUUCACCUAAUGUCCAUAUGGGUGCCCACUGUGCAUGCACUACUAUCAACAAUGAUUCAGCUUUUUUUCUAAACAUCGUUUAUAUAUUUUAACAGGAACACGUGGUAUGUUUCAUGAUCUUAUUCGAUUAUCCGAUCAACAAAAUCGAUUGAAAUUGUUCACAGACAAUAUGGAUUUAAAAAAAAUUAUAUCAUCCUAUGAUGAAAACUUUAUGGAACAUUUUAAAUUACCAAAUACAAAUUCUGUUAUUGAUACAAUAAUCGAUAUAAAACAAAAACCUGUAAAUAAACUUACACCUGAAAAUUUUUCUCUUUUCAUAGAACAAACAUCUGAAUGGUUAAAAUGGUUUGACUCAUUUAUUGACACAUUUCAUCAGAUUAUUGAAUGGUUAAAAACACAAAAUAUUAUUGUAUAA